AUGAUCUCGUACGACUCUUCCCGUGUUUCUUUAACUUACUUUUGUUUGGCAGGUCUUGAUCUCCUUGGAACUCUCAAUGAUUCAACCACUCCGGAUCAAAGACGCAAAUGGGCAGACUGGCUCUACCAACAUCUUCUGGUAGGCCCUACAGGUUUCCGCGGAUCUCCAACCCAUGCAAUUGAUCGCACCCAAGAAGGUAUCAAGGAUAAUUGCAAAAUAGCCAUUGAUACAUAUGAUGGGGCAAAUGUGGCUGCAACAUAUUUUGCUCUGCUUUCUCUAGCUGUUCUUCGCGACGACCGGAUCGCCGCAAAAGUUAAUGCACCCAAACUUGCUGCCCAUUUGGCUCGUUGUCAACACACUACAGGCACAUUUGCAGGAGCAUUUGCACCCAACUAUGAUGAGCAAAAUAAAACACCCUUGGGCGAGCCGGACUCGCGCGUCACAUACAUGGCUAUGUCUGUGCUGCACUUGUUGGGUCAAACAACCGUUGCAGAUAGGGCUGCAGCCGCGCAGUUUAUUGUUGCAUCACAGACAUAUGAAGGCGGGUUGGCAUUGUUGCCUGGAGCCGAAGCUCAUGCUGGGUACACAUACUGUGGACUAGGAACUUUGAGAUUAUUGGAAAAGGAAGAAAUAAAUAAAAAUGUUGAACUGUUAGAUGUUAAUAGGAUGCGCGGAUGGUUGCUAAGACGUCAGAUCUGGCCAACAGAUCCAUUGACAAUUGGGCAACUCCGGGAUCUUGAAGAACUAGAUGAAAAUGCGCCACAUCACUGGCCGCUGGACAGCCAGGGCGCAUUCUCUGGGCGUACAAAUAAGCAAGCUGAUACAUGUUACUGUUUCUGGGGGGUUGGCAGUUUGCUAGCCCUUGAUAAGUUGGUAAUGGGAAUGGGAGUGGGAAUGGGAAUGGGAAUUGCAGAAACAACUGCACUUUCACAGUUCAAUGUACAAGCGGCCACACACUUUUUGUUAGAAGAAGUCCAGGCUGAAAUCACGGGAGGAUUUGCUCGUGCCCAGGGGACCCACCCGGAUCCAUACCAUAGUUUCCUUGCACUUGCCGCACUGUCUUUGAUCAAUGGUCAGGAAUUAGGACUUACCCCACUUGUUGCAGAGCUUUGCCUGUGUACAGAGACUACAAAUUUCAUUCAAAGUCUUUACCAAGUAUAG